CGGCAACUAAACAUCUCACUUCACUAUCCAUCAAAACAAAUAUUACAAAGUCCACAAUGCCUGCUACUUUUGGUUACCUCAAAGAUGUUCGUCCUUACAAGAUUGGCUGGAGAGUGCAGGUGAAAGUCCUUCACGCCUGGAAACAGUACACUUCUGAUACUGGUGAGACUCUUGAGUUGGUGUUCUCUGAUGAACUGGGGAAGAAAAUUCAUUGCACUGUCAAAAAGGAUUUGGUCUCCAGGUAUGUCAACAGUCUAACUGUUGGAGAUUGGGUCUUAAUUGAGACAUUUGGUCUUAGUUAUGCUGGUGGUCAAUUCCGUCCCACAAAUCAUCUCUACAAGAUGACUUUUGUCAACACCACUACUGUAUUUGGUUCUGAACCUAAGUCUGAAUCAAACUACCUGUCUUUGGCCAAGUUCGAAAAGAUUCACAGUGGAGAGCUUAAUCCCCACAUUUUGGUUGAUGUCAUGGGUCAAAUUGUUAUGGUAUCUGAGUUGGAGAACCUUGAGGCUAAUAAUAAGCCUACUUGCAAGCUUGAUUUCGAAAUGAGAGAUGAGACGUGAUAUUUUAACUCUCAACAUACUCAGUUUAUAUCUUUCUAUAUUUUCAAUAUACUGAUCUUUUGUAUUUGUUUUAGGGAUGUGAGAAUUGCAGUUACUUUGUGGGGGUCAUUUGCUCAGACUGUUUACACAGCCUGUCAAGCUGCUGAAGACAAGACUGUCGUGUGCCUGAUUCGAUUUGCUAAGAUAAAGGCAUUCAAAGGUA